AUGGCCAACUUCCUCGCCUCCAUCUUCGGCACGGAGCAGGACAAGGUGAACUGCUCAUUCUACUACAAGAUCGGCGCGUGCCGGCACGGCGACCGCUGCAGCCGCAAGCACGUCAAGCCCUCGUACUCGCAGACGAUCCUGCUGCCGAGCAUGUACCAGAACCCUGCGCACGACCCCAAGAACCGGCUUACGCCCGAGCAGUGCCUCAACCACUUCAACGCCUUCUACGAGGACCUGUGGUGCGAGCUGUGCAAGUACGGCGAGGUGGAGGAGCUGGUCGUGUGCGACAACACCAACGACCACCUGAUCGGCAACGUCUACGCGCGCUUCAAGUACGAGGACUCGGCGCAGACGGCCUGCGACGUGCUGAACAGCCGCUGGUACGCCGGCCGGCCCAUCUACUGCGAGUUGUCGCCCGUCACCGACUUCCGCGAGGCCUGCUGCCGUUUGAAUAGUGGCGAGGGCUGCGUCCGCGGCGGGUUCUGUAAUUUCAUCCACCGCAAGAACCCCAGCCCCGAGCUCGACAACGAGCUCACCCUCGCCACCAAGAAGUGGCUGCGCCAGCGCGGCCCCGACGCCAAGAGCGCGAGCCGCAGCCCGAGCCCGGAGCCCACGCGCAAACGUUACUAG